AUGAAACCGUAUCGAAUUUUCAAAACAAGUAGAAAAUCACUUAAACUCGAAAUAAUUGCUGAAGAAGAUAAAGUGCUAGAAAAUAUUAAAUUAAUUAAAAAUAAUAAAAACAACACGACAAAAAUGGCACUGGAUUCAAUUUCAACACGGGACUUAAUCAUGGAAGCAAGAUCAAUACCAAUAUUUAACGGAGACGGAACAUUUGAGCUGACAGCUUUUAUAAGGGAAGCUGACGCAAUAAUCGGACUGACAGCAGAUGUUGCGCUGAAAUCAUACCUCAAGAACAUAAUUUUGUCAAAAAUUCAAGGAGAAGCAGCUAUUAGCAUUAGGCGAUUAGAAAAUGCAACGUGGGACGAAAUUAAAACCCAACUAACAAAAUCAUUUGGUAUCCCAGAGUCGUACCUGAAAUUAAAGGAAAUGGCCGACGCUGUCAAAUUUAUAAAUUUAGAUCCAGAUAGUCCGAUAGAUUUUAAGCCUUCUAAUAAUGAACAUAGUAUAUUAGAAAAAUUUUUGAACAAACUUCCGCGGUCAGAUAAUAUGUACCUGAGAAUAAAAGGUGUAAAAAGUUUAGAAGAAGCAUAUUCUGAACUAUGCCAAACUGGCAUUACAAAUCAAAAUCAUGCGGGACUUCCAAAUCAAAGAAGUAACCGAAAUAUAUUUCACAAUAAUAACAGAUAUAACAAUAAUAAUAAUAAUUAUAAUAAUAGUGGUAGUCGUAAUGUUUCUAACUUUAGUAGAAGUUUUAAUAACAAUUAUAAUAACUCCGGGCAAAGUAAAUUCAAUAGAACAAUAAAUAACUUUAGUAGAAACUCUGGUAAUAAUUAUAAUAACUCAGAACAAACCUCGGACAACACUCUACCAAUAGUAGAAUUUACUAUCGGUAAUAAAAAAUUUAAUUGCUUGAUUGACACAGGCUCCACAACUUCUAUCAUUAAUGACUCACUAUUCCCAGAAAUUAAAAAGACAAAAUUAAAAGAGCCUGUAGAACUAAACACUUUAUUUGGAAAGAGCAAAAUUUAUUACACAUUAAUAACUGAUGUUCCCAUCGAAUUUAAUCAUAAAGCUCAGAUACUUUGGAGGGUAAUUAAUUUAAAAAAUAAAAAUUUUGAUGCAAUUUUGGGUCAAAAUGUUCUGAGAAAUAUUGGUGCAAAAAUCGAUUUAAAACAACACUUUAUUGAAAUUAUGGGAAAAAUAACAAAAUUUAAAUUUUCUUGUCCUUAUGAAGUUGUUGACCAACUAUAUUCUUUAGACUUUAAAAAUAACAAUAUUCUUGAUUAUAUCAAAACUGACCAUCUCAAUAAUGAAGAACAUAAAAUGUUGAAAAAAAUUGUUUAUGAAAAUAGGGACCUAUUUUACCAAGAAGGUCAAAAUUUAACCAACAUCAAUUGCAUAAAACAUCAAAUCAUAACAACCGAUAGUCGACCUGUUUACUCAAAAAUUUAUAGAUUUCCUAAAAUUCAUGAACUGGAAGUCGAAAAUCAGGUUAAGGAAAUGCUAUCACAGGGGAUAAUUAAACAUAGUAGCUCUCCCUAUAAUUCUCCAAUUUGGGUGGUCCCUAAAAAACUAGAUCAAUCGGGACAGCAAAAAUGGAGAAUCGUCGUAGAUUAUAGGAAGUUAAAUGAAAUAACUGUAGAAGACAAAUUUCCGAUUCCAAAUAUAGAAUCACUUUUCGAUAAAUUGGGAAAAGCCCAAUACUUCACAACACUUGAUCUCGCUAAAGGAUUUCACCAAAUCCUUGUAGACGAAAAAGAUCAGCAAAAAACAGCCUUUUCGACUCCUCAAGGACAUUAUGAGUUUGUUAGGAUGCCAUUCGGUUUAAAGAAUGCUCCGGCAACAUUCCAGAGGAUGAUCAAUUACGUUUUACGCGACUUCAUUAAUAUUAACUGCGUUGUAUAUCUUGAUGAUAUAUUAAUUUUCAAAUCGGAAUAUUUGGGACAUCUUCUUACAGACAAAGGAAUAAGACCCAAUCCAAAAAAAAUUGAUAUUAUAAAAAAACUUAAACUUCCAAACUCUCGAAAAUCAAUUAAAAGCUUUCUUGGGAUAACCGGGUAUUACCGGAAGUUUAUAAAAGAUUACGCAAAAAUUGCGCAACCUUUAACCUACUGUUUGAAAAAGGAUAAUAAAAUCGAUGUAAGUAAUCCAAAAUAUAUUGCCGCUUUUGAAAAAUUGAAAGAAAUUAUUACAAGUGAUCCUAUUUUAAGAUAUCCGAAUUUUAAUUACAAAUUUACCUUGACUACCGAUGCAAGUGAUUUCGCGAUUGGAGCUGUUUUAUCGCAAAACGGCCAUCCGAUUUCAUUUGCCAGUAGAACAUUAAAUGACCAUGAAACUCGCUACAGUACUAUAGAAAAAGAACUGUUAGCAAUCGUAUGGUCUACAAAAUAUUUUAGACCGUAUCUUUAUGGUGUUAGAUUCACGAUAAAGACGGAUCACAGGCCUUUGGUGUGGCUGAACUCUUUAAAAGAGCCAAAUUCAAAACUCCAAAGAUGGAGAAUAAAACUAAAUGAGUUCAAUUUUGAUAUCGAAUAUGUGAAGGGCAAGGAUAAUAAAGUUGCCGAUUUUUUAAGUAGAAUUAAUGUUGAAAAUAAUGAAAUUAAUGUAUUACAGAAUAAUGUUUUGUCAGAAAAUCAAAGCGGUGUAGCUACAAUUCAUAGUGGCGUCGAAAAUUUGGGCGACCACAUUCCAAUUGUAGAAAACAUCGUAAAUAAAUAUUUAAAUCAGAUUCAUCUUGUAGCAAAGAAACCUGGUGAACUGAUUAUAAAAUACAAUAAAUAUAGAAAAAUUUUUAUCUCUGAAGAAGACUUAAACAAUGAAAAUUAUUUAAAUGAUUUCUUAAGGCGAUUUAUAAAAAACGGUACAACUGCAAUUUAUUCGGAAUUAAAUGACAAAAUAGCGUUAAGAUUAAGAAAUUCCAUGUUUGGGAAACCAAAAAAAUUUAUAUUUGAUAAUGAAUUUGAUAGCUUAAAUACGAAAGAUUUUUGUAGAUUAGAAAAUAUAGAACUGCAUUUCACUUCACCAAGAAGUCAUACUGGUAAUUCAGACAUAGAAAGGGCUCACGGAACUGUCAUAGAACAUAUAAGAAUAUUAACUAUAUCCGACCCGAAUCUAGACACUGAAAGCAAAAUUUUAAAAGCCGUAGAAUAUUAUAAUAAUACGCUUCAUUCAGUAACUGAAGUUAGACCAUCGGAUUUUAUUAGUGGAAAAAUCUCAAACUUUCAGGAAAUCAAAGAUAGUAGUACAGCCAUUAUCACCUUAGAAAAAAUUGAUACAGAAUCUGGUUUUACAACGAUCCAACAAGAAGAAAUCCCAAUAGUUGAAAGUUAUACUAAAAUUCUUCAUAUUAUCGAUUUAAACGAAAUCGAAUAUACCAUUAAAACUAUAGAAUCCUAUAUAAACGAAUCGUACAAAUUGUCACAAGACGACAUAAUCUUUAAAACUUUAACUGAUAAAAUAAAUAAAAUUAAACAUACGACUAAAACACUAAUUCCUUAUAGACAUAAAAGAGCAUUGAUGAAUGUUGGUGGUUCAUUCCUUAAAUGGAUAUUUGGUACAAUGGACGAAGACGAUAAAAUUGAAAUUGAGGAACAUAUGAAAAACUCGGAACAAAACACCCAUAACUUAAUAACGAACUACAAUAACCAAAUAAAAAUUAACGACAACAUUCAGAAUAAUCUUAAUAUUUUACAGAAAACUAUAAACAAAAAUCACAUAUUAAUUGACAAACUUUUAAAUGACGUUUCAGUGGAAAAUAAAAAUAUAACAAAACAAUUGCAAUACUUGCAAAUACUUACCAACAUUAACCUUUUAAACGACGAAAUUGAGAAAAUCCAAGAAAACGUAAUCUUCUCCAAACACCAAAUAAUGAGUAGAUCAAUCUUAACACCAGAGGAAAUAGAUCUUUAUGAUAUCGACGUUUUUAAAAUUCAGGAACUUAAGAGCUCCUUAGCAACAACAAAUGAUAAUAAAUUAGUAUUUGUUUUGGCAAUACCAAUUUUGAGUAAUGAAAAAGCUAUUAAAUAUAAAAUAUUUGGACUACCAAAUUCAAAAUUUGAACUAGUCGAUAUUCCAAAUUCUGAUAUUAUAUCUUUUAAAAAUAAAACAUAUUAUCUUACCCAGGAAAGAUAUAUAAAGAAAUUGCAAUUAACUUCAAAUUGUAUUUCAAAUCUUUUUAUAAUGGCAUAUGCAAUUGUACUAUUGAAAUAA